CCAGGUCGAGACCAACACACGCGUGGUCUAGCCUUUGCUCUUGAUUCUUAUAUCUAUUGUCUUCUCCCAUUGUGUUUCUGCUCAAUCAUUCAUUCUUUAUCUACCAUUCUCUGUCUAUACUUUUCUUUUUCUUCAUAUUUUUCUUUAAUUGAAAAUGUCCGUGUCUUACAUUCCUCGCCUCCCCUCUCGCCUCUCAACUACAGCCAUGAACACCCGUCUUAACUCUUCAACUUUCGCUCAGAGCCCCUCCAAACUCGCCCUCCUCUCCCACCACAAACUCCAACAAGAAUCUUCAGCAGAGGAGCCGGAUCUCCGCCGCUGUCUGGGGCAUAAUGCCGUCCUUUCCAAGACUAUGACCGCUGCCCGCAGAGAUGUCAGCCACUCUCGCAAGUCUUCUCGUUUCUCCGAAGACAACGGAGUCGACGGGUACAUCAGCAGAAAAGAGGACCAGGGCAGCGUGGUCCGGGCGCAGCUUGCUAAGGCUGUAAGGGGAUGGAUUCGCAGACGGUCAAUGGCAGCGAAUGCGAAUGGAAAGACAACUAUCACUGCCACCACUACUGAGACCAAGACGCCUACCACUACUACUACCAAGACGCCUACUACUACUACCAAGACGCCUACUACCACUACCAAGACGCCUACUACCACUACCGCAACCACUACCGCCACUCCUCCAAACGACAAUGCGCUGGCUCGCGUUGCGGCAAACAACAGCCGGGAUACCGGCAACAAGUGGAACACGUUUUCCAGUCUCAAGAGACUUGUGUCUGGCCGGAGGUUCUGGGCGCAGCCAGUCUUGAUGCAAGCUACUGCUGGUUGACUAGUGCGGGACUUCUAUCUACUAUUCUUUUGUGAUUGUGAAGGAGUGGCUCAGCGAGCGAUUGAGCAGUUUACGAGUAUACGAGCAUACGAACCACUAGAGCCAGGGGAGGACUACACACUGUAUCUUAGAAACAAUCUAGACCAUCAUCCACCUCCAC